AAGGAUGAAGGAAAUUCAGCACUUGUUUGGAGACCUCAAAGAAACUGUAUGCAGUGAAGAUAAUUUAACAGUGUUAGGACUACUACAGGAAAAAGCGUUUGAAGAAUUUGAGAAAAACUGUCAGACUGAGACAUGGUUAGGCCUUUCUUUUUCUUUAUUAGUAAUUUUAAUCUCUGCAAUCACUGUCGUUUUCCUUGUGAAAAAAUAUCGUGUACAUGUAGACUAUAUUAUUCUGAACUUACGUAGUAGGUGGAAAGGUAUAUAUUCCGUCGAGAGUGGGGACUUUCAGUUUGAUGCUUUUAUAUCCUAUGCUGAAGAUGACUAUAGAAUUGUAAGCACGAUAUUAUAUCAAACACUUACAAAGAAAGGUUUUCAAAUAAGUUUUCCAGAUAAAGACUUCAUUCCUGGAAUAUCUAAAGCUGACGAACUAUUAAGAUUUGUAAACAAAAGUAGGAAAGUUGUGUUUGUUGUCACUGAAAACUUUCUCGACAAUGGUUGGAAUUCAUAUGCUGUUCAGAUGGUGGUGACUCAUUCCUUCCAUAAUGAUCGAAAACAAUCCAUCAUAGUGAUAAUCAAAGACGAUAUUGCCAUAAAAAGAAUGCCAAAAGACUUGCGAUAUAUAUGGUGGUCCAUUGUGAGUAUAAGGUGGCCAGAAACUACUGAGCUGAUUGAGCAGUUUUGGGAUGAACUUGACUAUGCCUUAAAAUCGGUUGAAUAG